AUGCUGCAGGUGGGCCUCAGCCUGCCCCGUGCCCCCGGGGGGGCGGCCGGGGGCUUCCCUGCGCAGCCGGAGCGGGGGGACGGGGACGGCGAUGGCACCGGCACCACACAAGCGAUGCUUGGCUCGUCUCCAGUCACCGUCGUGAUCACAUCGGAGGCUGACAGCUGGGACAUCGACGCCGCCUCCUCCUGUCUGGGCUGCGGACAGUUUGUGGACUGGGACAGGAUGCCAGAGCCGGAGCAACAGGCCGAUAUCCCCAGGGACAUCCUCACCCAGCCCCCCAAGGAGCUGAAGAGUCUGGUGAGAGAGGGCUGCCUGGCAGCGAGCCGCGCUCUGAGAGCUCAGGUCUACCACCGGCUGUGCCAGCAGGUCGCCUGCCGCCUCGUCACGCCCGACGCUGCCGUCUACAGGGACGUGGCGAGCCGGCUCUUCGGGAAGCACAGCGCGAGCUCCCACCCUCUGCCCGACUUCCUGGAGGGGUGCUCCAUGCCCACGUACUGCCUCAGCCUGGACGGGGUCGCCGCCGUGAAGAAGAUCCUCAUCUGCAUCAGCAACCUUUUCCCUGACAUCACCUACAGCCCCACCCUGCCCUCGCUGGUGGCUCUGCUGCUGCACUACAGCGAGGACGAAGCUCAGUGCUUCGAGAACAUCUCUCGCCUCAUCGCCAGCAACGCCCCCCACACCAGCUACAUUGACCAGUCCUUCCUGGCCCACCGGGCCUCCUGCAUGACUUUUGGGGAUCUGGCCAACAAGCACUGCCCGGCAGCUCACAAACUGAUAGCCGGCUCCUCCGAGAACGUCUUUGAGGUCUACUCCGAAUGGUUGUCGUGGCUCUUCCACGACCUCCCCUUUGACUACGCCAUCCGAGUGUUCGACGUCUACCUGCUGGAGGGGCAGAAGGUCCUCUACCGCAUCGCCCUGGCCCUGCUGAAGCAGUACAGGCUCUCGGUGGCCUCUGCUGAGCUGGAGGGGGCCGACAUCAAGGCGGACCUGCAGGCUUUCGUGCAGAACAUUGCCAAGCACACGACCGUCGACAAACUCCUGGAGAGAGCGUUUGGCAUCCGGCUGUUCUCCCGCAAGGAAAUCUGGCUCCUCCAGAUGGCCAACAGGAAGGCGCUGAUGGAGCGGGGCAUAACCAUGGUGCAGAGCAGGCAGUCCUUCCACCUGGCCGUGGACAUGCAGACCUUCAGCUCCAGCACGGUAACGGCUCAGGAGAUGCGCAUCAUCUGGUCCUGGAUCCCCGAGCGCUUCUCCCUCUCCCCCCCGCUGCUGCUCUUCUCCACCUCAGAAGACGGGUGCAGCCUGCAGAGGUUUUACUCCUGCUGCGAGGGUUACGAACCCACGGUGCUGCUCAUAAAGACAACGGAGGGGGAGGUGUGCGGGGCAUUUCUCUCCUCCGACUGGAGCGAAAGGAAGAAGAAUGGGGCGACAUCGGGCUUUUUUGGGACAGGGGAGUGCUUCGUGUUCACCGUGCGCCCUGAGAUGGAGAGGUACGAGUGGGUGUUCAUCAAGAAGCCGGAGCUAGCCAAAGCCGUGCCGCGCUCACGCCAGCGGUCGCCUUCGCCCGGUCCCAUGUCCCUGCUCAGCUCCUCCCCGGACGGUCGUGGUACCAGCUCCAACCACCUCGCCGUGCCCACGCCGCAGCGCAAAGGCCGUCUGUCCCCAUUCCUGGCCAUCAGGCAUUUCCUCCUGCCUUCCAAAACAGCCUCCAUGUUCAUGUCCGGCUCUCGGGAAGGGAUCAUUAUCGGUGGAGGCGGAGGCCAAGCUCUGUCCCUCGACGCCGACCUGCUCUGGGGGCACACGGAGCACUGCGAGACCUUUGACAACCCUCCGCUCUGCCAGGAGAACUUCAGGGUGCAGUUCUUGGAGGUGUGGGGCUUCCAAAACACCUAGGUCCUGUGGGGCCAGCCCCUCACCACGCCUCCUGCCAAGAAUGGAACCCCCACGGCACCAGCUGCGGCCUGGCCUGGCUGCUACAGUCUCCGCCGGCAGCAUCUGCUGGCCGUCCACACUGUCACCAGCCGUGGUGGCGUGGAGAGGGCCGUGGGGUGCCACGAACGGGACUACAGGGAUGCACGAGGUCCCCUGCCGCAGCUCAGCCCCAGCCUGCUCUGUUCCUGCUCAGGACGCUGGAGGGGAAGGGAGCCAGCUCGCUGCUUGCUGCACUCCCCUGGCCUCUCUGUGGUUUGGGGCUCUGCAGCAAAGCCACGAUACCACGGCACAGGCAGCCUGUGGGAAUCCUGAGUCUAGACAAAAUCCAGCACGAAGGUGCAAAGUUCACCAGGACACUCCACACCCUGCUUCUCACCCCAAGCCCAGCCCUCAAGACGUGUGCAGGAUUUUUGUAGCACCAGAGGUCCCCAGGUUUCACCUGGGACCGGGCACCAAUCAGCAUCCAACAUGGUGCAAAAGACUUUGUGGCUGAAAUUGCUGAUCGGAGAUUAGCAAAGUGCUGCCUGGUGCUUACACGUCUGCAGCUCACCACAAGCCCCCCAGCAGUGCACCUGCCUUGUCAUUUUUCUAUUACACUGAAGGCCCAUAUUAGCAGCAAAGAGUUGAUGUAAGAUUGCGAGCGGUUAAUAUAAGCUUUAAUUAGCACGCCCUGAUUAAAUGGGUCCAGAUAACACACGUGCCAUUUUGAAAUAUGAAAUGUGAACAUGCAGGUGUUGGUAGGUAGGUCUGUGCAAGGAGGGUUGUGAACUGUUGAGAGGUCACUGUGGCUGCAGGAUGAGAGCACAUCUCCCGUGUCCAAACACUUCCCAUUUGUGGUUUUAUCUUUCAUGGAUAACAUUUCCUGAGCUAUUCAGGGCAGGAGUUGUUGCUGCCAUGGUGCUGGUGGGUCCAGCGAUGCCAGGAGGAUGUGGGGAGGAGCGGGCAGUGGCAGCAAGCUCCCACCGUGGUCAGUUACACAGCAGACUUAGGAAUUGCUUGUAGCCUUCAUUACGUAUCCUGGUAAGAUAAAGAGGUGAGGUGCAGGUCCCUGCUGCCCCGCACCUGCCUUUGCUCACAGAGCUCAAAUGAAAGCACACAGCAGAGUUGCUCUCUCCCUUGAUUUAAAGAGCUCUGCUAAUUGUUCCUCGGUAUUUCUUGCUUUCUGUGAUCAUGUACCAGACUGCUUUCUGUCCAGCACAAAGUUCCCCUUGGGAGUCCCUCUUUCUUUCCACAAAGCAGUUUCCCUUCUCCACCCAGAGAUGCGCAGGACACAAAAGAUGCCUGGAAAUGCAAAGCCCUUCCUUCGCAAUCCAGUCUGGCCCCUCAGCAGCCGCUGGCUCAGGCUUCACCAUCUUGCCUUGUAAAGGGCAAGAAGGUCCUGGCUAACGUAUUAAAAUACCAGCGACUGGGAUCGUUCUGUGCAGGCCGUGGGGGCCUUUGAUGUGGUGGAAAAGCCUGCGAGUCCCUUUGACGCGGUACGCGCCGUAUACCCGAGCUGCCUGCUGCUCCGAGCUGUAAAUCACGAUGAAUGUCAGUGUGCUUAUUACAUUCACCGCCUGUAAUC